AUGUACUGCCAGGACACUGUGUCCGAACUUCGUCGCAAAGUUUCACAAAAGCUCGGCUUGACGGAGGGCAAGGCAUGCAAGCUCCUGGACCCCCAGGGGACCUGCCUCCCCGACGAUUGGCUAGCGGAGGAGCUACAUGACGCCGUGCUUACCGGCGUCCUUGUGCGUGUGGCCAGAUUUCGCCUGAGCCCUCCCGACGACUUUGGUUCGUUGUGCGUGGAUGGCUUCGGAGACAUGUCGGCCAAAUACAUGGAAAUCAAGAACGGUGGACAGAUGGCGAUGAACAGGGAUCAGCAGGAUGGGCGGGCCGAGUUGGAGGAUGCCUUUUCAGACGGCGAUCUUCCCGUACAGCUGCUGGUCUCCAUGCCUGCAAGUUCUGGAUAUGCCCAUUUUAUUUAUGUGAGGCGCGGCGCGAGUGUGGCGACAGUGGAGGCGAACAAGGAGGACCUUUACUCAGUGACCUUGGACUCCCAGAACAUGACUGUGGAGGUUGGAGAGGGCGCUGAGCGGAAGACAUGCGUGAAGUUGCCGAAAGGCGAGACUCCGCUGCGACUGGGCGUGUAUGUUUACAAAGCCGGCGAGGUGGCCUUGAAGGACACCUCCGACUGCGCUGAAAGGCCUUUGGAAGUGAGUGAACCGGCUUCCCCUUUAUCCGCAUCCUCCUCCCCACUACAGAGCCAGACACCAUGUGAGUAA